AAUUUGGUCACCCUUAGUGUUUACUACCAUUGGCCUAAUCCAACCUAACCUUCUCCUACCCAGGACCUUUUCCUAAGGACCACUUGGUCUUCUCCCCCCACUUGUAUGUCCUUUCCCUUUUCAGAUGAGUAAGAUUGGCCUGACUCGGCCUUGCUAAAUUGGCCUUUAUUUCUUUUUCCUGGUUUCCUUCAACAAGCAAAUUCACUGAAACGUUGCAGAGGACGAAGGAAACGGAGGGUAUGGAAGCAUUGGAUGUGCUCAAGACAAAUCAUAAAAUGUGUUCAUGAAUCAUUGUGGGACAUUAAAUCACAAAAAAAUUCCAAUCCAAAUCCGAUGUGAUUAUGGACAAAGAGGCCAGUGAUGUGUCUUUGUCGUCUUUGGGAGAGACCUCCUCCGGGUCAGAGAGGUCUUCCAUUGAAGAGAUCCUGUCCAGCAUAUCAGUGGACGAUGUGACAAGCAAUUCACAGAACCCGCUUUUGAGCUUGUCCUGGCCGGAUAUUCUCAUGGCCCGAAUUCUGCCUCUCCUUAGCAUAGAGGAUGUGUUCAAUCUGCGAUCGUGUUCGUCUGGAUUCCAUUGCCUCGUGGGGCAUUACUUUGCCACGGCGAGGCGAUUAAACUUCAGCACAAAGAAAACCAUCUCAGAAACAGCCUUUAAGAUAAUCACCAUGGACAGCCGUUCUCUGAGAUGUUUAAAUGUUCGUGGUUGCAAGAUUGUAACGGACGAAUUGAUUCGGCCCAUCUUCGUGAACAAUAAGAAUUUGCACACCGUGAACUUGGCGGAUUGUCACCAUUUGACAGCCGGAUGUCUUCAAACAUUGACAAUGAACUGCAAAGCACUUCAAGCACUGGUGUUGAGAGAUUGCCAUUGGGUAACUCGUGCAAGUAUGGAGUACUUGGCACAUCAUCAAAAUAAGCUGCGGAUGAUCGACCUUACCGGAUGUUGGGAAUUGGUGGACAAUACAAUCUUCCAGAUCCUCUCCAAAUUCACAGCAUUGGAGAUCGUGUACUUGUGCAAUAUUUAUUCGCUCACCAAUCAGACGAUGCGUGCAUUGGCGUCCUUCACCAAACGUCUAAAGGUGCUGGAGAUCAAGGGUUGUUGGCGGGUUACAGACAAAGGGGUUUCCCUGGUGGGAGAGUACUGCAAGGACCUUCUUUACUUGGGAGUGGCAGAUUGUCGAGACGUAACUGAGGCGUCUUUGCAAAAGCUUCGAGCUCGUGGGAUCAAGAUGGAUCGUCAACAAAAUCCUUUUUAUCGCCCGGACGCUGGGCAAGACGUCCCAAAUCAAAAUCGCGAUCGACCUCUACGGUUGCAAGUUUGAUAGGCUUUUGUAAUAACCAUUUUUAACUUAGCACUACAACCAACUUCGAAGCUUCUUUUUUUGUCAGACUACAAAAAUCAACUUCUAAAAAUAAGGACCAUCGUGUCCACAAGUGUCUUAUAUGAGCACUGACGGGGCCUCUAGGUUUCCAAAUGCGAAUUGUAAAUCAUUAUUUGUAUAUAUAUACGAAUCUGUGUAAUCAUAUCUUGAAAAACAUGUGUUCAACUCUUUGUUUAACCCUUGUUACGACACGCAAUAAAGUAUUAUAUAUGAUA